AUGGCGUACUCUCUCCCACCACCGCCACCACCACCGCCCUCUCUCCCACUCCCCAACCACUUCACGCGACGCUCGCUCCUCCUUCUCUCCACAACAACCACCACCUCCUCCACCCUCUCACUCCCCUCCACGCCCCCUCCCACCCCAACCGUCACCGACCGCGUCUUCAUGGACUUCAGCCUCUGCCCCAACAACUUCCUCCCAAACCGCGCCGACACUCUCUCCCCCAUCUGCUCCGACUCCACGCUCUUGGGCCGCGUCGUCUUGGGCCUCUUCGGAAACCUCGUUCCCCUCACCGUCUCAAAUUUCAAGUCCGUGUGUCUCGGCUCAAACCCUAAGUCAUCUUCUUACAAGAACACGCUCGUCCACAAGGUCUUUCCUGGCCAGUACUUCCUCGCCGGCCGCCAGGGCCGCCCCGACAAAGGCGAGGUCCGUCCGCCGCGCGACCUGCCGCGCAACACCGAGACCGUCGACUCCAAGGCAUUCGCACUCACACAUUCCCGACCCGGCGUCGUUUCGCUCUCGCUCUCUGAAAACGACGACGACGAUGAUAUUAAACUCGAUCCUGAGUACCGGAAUGUUGAGUUCUUGAUCACCACUGGACCUGGGCCUUGUCCCCAGCUCGAUAACAAGAACAUUGUCUUUGGAACGGUGCUCGAAGGAUUGGAUGUCAUCACAGCAAUAGCUUCCAUUCCUACGUACCAACCCUCUGAGAGAAUUCGCCAGUUUAAUGACUUGGCUGAGUUUUUUGGAGAUGAAAGGGCUCAGAAUGCACGGAACAUAUGGAACAGGCCUCUUACGACUGUUUAUAUUAGUGACUGUGGGGAGCUGAAAGUGACAAAGCCUUCCCUCACGCCUUCUUUGCCAUAA